AUGGAAGAACAAAUAAAGGUACUCAAGAACAGUCCUUCAGCUGAAGAGAUUGAAAAGAUACUUCAAGAAUAUUUGAUCAAUGAACAUACACUUCAACAACAACUUCAAUUCAUAAACACAUUACUUCAACAUAUUAUAAUAGUAUAUCAGAGUCUCAAAAGUCAAGUACGACAUUUACUACAACGUGUAUUCUACUGCACAAUUGGUAUUUCAAACUUGCUGAAUCAUUACAAAUUAACGAAAAAUGACAUAUAUUUGAAAUUUAUGAAAAAUCUACUUGUUGAUCCAACCCUAUUAUCAAAUACAUUGAGCUCAUGCCAUAAGAAAAAAGAAGAAGAAUCACAAACUAAAGCCUUAUUUGUUGGAAGUAAGAUAUUUCAAACGUUUGAAGGUGAGCUUGAAUUGACAAAAUACCUUGAACUUGUCGUUAAACAACUUAUAGAGACAGCAAGACUUGGUAAUCAUGAUAUUUCUGGUUUCAUCAAUCCAUAUUUGUCAAUACAUCCACUAGAGGCAAAAGAUAUACUUUUUGAAAACUUCUUAACGGGGAGUAAUUUUGAGCUACUAUCUGAGAUCUAUUCAAAAAUGUCACAAAUACAACAAAAAUCAUUCAUAUUGAAAUCUUUAAUACCUUAUUUAGAAACCAAAAUCAGUAUAGACAAUAGAGACACAAUUACUAAAAUACUCAGUCGUUUCAACAUAUCCAAAUUUGAGAGUUACAUCAUCAAAAAUGUUGCAGAAUUACCAAAUAUUGAAUUACAACAAGCUGUAUCAUCUCUAAUAGCAGACCCCCAAACACAAAUGACCGAACUCCUGGAUAUUUGGGGUAAUGAGCAAUACAUCAAAAAUACACAAUUUGAAUAUCAAGAGUCAAUGACCAAAGAAAUCUUGAUCUUGCUGAACUAUAUUUCCCCAGAGAAUAGAACUCAAAUAUCAAGGGAUAAAUCAUUUCUUAAUGCCAUCACAUCCAGAAUUUCAAAUAAUGACCACGAUAAUAGAAAUUUGGGUUUAAUCAUUGCCAAAAAAGUUACAAAUGGUGAAAUAAAAUUUGAUAUAACUGAUGAAAUAGUAAUAGAGCCUUACAAAAAACCAAAUUUAAAUUCAAAAAUUGACUUUACAGAUUUAUUGAUUGGUAAAUCAAUGCAAAAUUUAUCAAUAAGUUCACAAAAAGUUACUACUGAAAAAGAUAGUGACGAUGAAUCUGAAUCUGAAGAUGAUGAAGAGGAACAAAAUGGUAUUGAUACGUUGUUUUUGAAAGAUUUAAUCAAAAAUUUCAAUGAUGAAAAGGUAAAUCAUUUGACUCCAUUAUUAUCACAUACCGUGAAAUUAGUCAGACAAAAGGCAACAUUCAAAUUGGAACUUGAAUUUUAUAGUGAAGAAUUGGCAAGUUUAAUAAUUGGGUUGCUGAACAAAUUUGACGAGCCAAAUUUUGAACAAUUGAAGAUCAAUGCGUUGGUCAGUAUAAUAGUGACUAAUACUAAAGUUAUAACUCAUAUAAUGAAUCUUUUAUUUACUGGUGAUUAUUCAAUUCAACAAAGAAUGAUAAUAUUAAGCUCAAUUUCACUUUCAGCUAGAGAAUUAAGAGGGUUUGAAGAUGAUUUCAUUGAAAAAGUCGAAACAGAUUUUCCAACAAGAAAGAUUGAACAACGUCAUUCAAAACCUAUGGUACAAGAAGUUGAAGAUAAACCACCAAGGUUUGAAGAGAUCAAAGAUGAUAAUAAUGAACAAUUUAUUGGACAAGGUAAAGUUCAAAGAGUUUCUAAAAAAUUGACAAAACCUGUCGAAAAAACCAAACCAAAUAACUUUAGUAAGAUUGCUUCUAAAUUUUUCUAUCCUUUGGCCAAUGGAUGGAUAAAAGGUAUUGAUGUUGGUACUUACAAUGAAAUGUUCUUAAAACAUUAUUUACAAACUUUAGAAUUGAUUAUAAAAGCUGCAUACCCAUGUCAUGAAUUUGAUGGCAUGUAUGAGUUAUAUAACGCUAUACUUGAAAAUUCAAGUAAUGUUACUAUAUAA